UGCGCACACGUCCCCUCUUCUCCCACUCUGUAGUUUCCAUCCUCCUCAGGCCCUUCUGUUGGAUAAGCCCUGACUCCACGCGCGCUUCUUUUUUCUUUCCCCCUUCGCCCUCCGCUUUGCUCUUGCUUUUUGCCUCCCGCUGAGGGGAGGAAGAGCGGGAGGCGGCGGCCCUCAAUUCUUCCCACAACCCGGCCUGGAGUGAGUUUUUUGUUCUGGCCCAGCCGCGCGCGCAGGGCGCUCCUCCUUACGUGUCGGUGAGCCUGACUUUCGACGGAGCCCCCUUUCUCCCAUUGCCCGUAGAGCGGCCCCCGGCCCCCGCCCGCCCCCCGCUCCUCCUUCCUCUUCCCGUUCGCUCCUCCGCUAACGGUUCCGCUUAGACACCCCGCCGGCCGCAGCCGGGAGGGCAGGCUCGCCGGGCCCGGUCCAGGGGAGGCGAUGUCAGGCGGGGACUCGGCGGCCGCCGCGGCCUCCCCUCAGCCGCUCCCUUUCUCCCUGCCCAAGCCGCCUCCCCUCAUGCAGCUCAACCCCGGCGAGGGAGUGCGGCCCGUGGGGGCCCCCGGCCCGGAGCAGUCGCCCAAGAGCACCCGCAUGGGAGGCCGCCCGGAUUGGCCGGCCGGAAAGCCCGUCAGCCUUUUGGCUCCCCUCCUCCCGCCUCGAGGGGAGCCCGAACCCCUCCUGCCCUUCGGUCCGUCUUCCCGCCAGCCGCUCCGGGGGAGGCUGCUGGGCAGGUGCGGAGGUGGUGGUGGCGGCGGGAGCCUCCUCAACCCUUCGAUGCGACCAGGUGGCGGCGGAGGAGGAGGAGGCGGCGGCGGUGGCGGUAUGGGCCGAGAGCCCCUAAUGAUGGGACAUCCGGGGAUGCCUCACUAUCCACCCAUGGGAAUGCAUCCUAUGGGCCAAAGGCCACCCAAUAUGCCUCCAGUCUCUCAUGGAAUGAUGCCUCAAAUGAUGCCUCCUAUGGGAGGGCCACAAAUGGGACAGAUGCCUGGAAUGAUGCAAUCAGUGAUGCCUGGGAUGAUGGCACCCCAUAUGUCUCAUGCUCCCAUGCAACCUACAGGACCGCCAGGAGUAAACAGUAUGGAUUCUCAAAUUGGUUUAGCUCCCCCAGGAACUCAGCCUACACCUCCAGUAGUUUGUUCAGUGCAGCAAGUCACCCCAGCCAACAGCUCUGCUAAUGAAGAGCCUUCCAAACAGAAAUCUAUGUGGUCAGAGCAUAAGUCACCAGAUGGAAGAACAUACUACUAUAAUACUGAAACAAAGCAGUCUACCUGGGAGAAACCAGAUGAUCUCAAAACACCUGCAGAGCAAAUGUUGUCAAAAUGUCCAUGGAAGGAAUAUAAGUCUGAUUCUGGAAAGCCUUACUACUACAAUUCCCAAACAAAAGAGUCACGCUGGGCAAAACCUAAGGAACUUGAAGAUCUUGAAGCAAUGAUUAAAGCUGAAGAAAACAGCGGUAAACCAGAGGAAUCUGUUCCAGCAUCAUCUGCAGUCGCACCAGGGGUUACAAAUGCUGCAGCCACUGUUCCUGAAGCUCCUAUAGCUGCCCCAGCAGUCCCUGCUGCUCCAGCUGUUGCAUCAGCUCCGGAAACUGAGCCUUCCACUGUUGCUACUGUUAUAGAAAAUGAAAGGGUCACUGCUACAGCUGAUGAGCAGGUACAGCCAGCUGCUCCUGCUGUACAGGAACCGACUGCAGAAGUUGUGACAAACUCUGUAGAAGAAGCUCCUAAACAGGAAUCCUCAGAUGUUGCCGCCAAAAAGGACGAAGAAGAUGCCCAGCCAGUUAAAAAGACCUACACAUGGAAUACAAAAGAAGAAGCUAAGCAAGCAUUUAAAGAACUAUUGAAAGAAAAGCGUGUGCCAUCCAACGCCUCUUGGGAGCAAGCAAUGAAAAUGAUAAUUAACGAUCCAAGAUACAGUGCUUUGGCAAAACUAAAUGAGAAGAAGCAAGCGUUUAAUGUUUACAAGGUCCAGACAGAGAAAGAAGAAAAAGAGGAAGCCAGAUUAAAAUACAAAGAGGCAAAAGAAUCUUUUCAGCGUUUCCUUGAGAACCAUGAGAAGAUGACAUCCACUACCAGAUACAAAAAAGCUGAACAAAUGUUUGGAGAGAUGGAAGUCUGGAAUGCAAUAUCAGAACGUGAUCGUCUUGAAAUCUAUGAAGAUGUCCUAUUCUUCUUAUCAAAGAAAGAAAAGGAACAGGCCAAGCAGUUGAGGAAGAGGAACUGGGAGGCAUUAAAAAACAUCCUGGAUAAUAUGGCUAAUGUCACAUACUGUACUACCUGGUCAGAGGCUCAACAAUAUCUGAUGGACAAUCCUACCUUUGCAGAAGACGAGGAACUUCAGAAUAUGGAUAAGGAGGAUGCAUUGAUUUGUUUCGAAGAGCACAUAAGGGCUUUGGAAAAGGAGGAGGAGGAAGAAAAGCAGAAGGGAUUGCUCAGGGAAAGAAGACGGCAACGUAAAAACAGAGAAUCUUUCCAGAUAUUUCUGGAUGAGCUGCAUGAACAUGGCCAGCUGCAUUCAAUGUCAUCAUGGAUGGAGUUAUAUCCAACCAUAAGUUCUGAUAUUCGAUUUACUAACAUGCUUGGUCAGCCUGGCUCAACAGCACUUGAUCUCUUCAAGUUUUAUGUUGAAGAUCUGAAAGCACGUUACCAUGAUGAAAAAAAGAUAAUAAAAGACAUCCUAAAGGACAAAGGAUUUGUAGUUGAAGUGAAUACUACUUUUGAAGACUUUGUCACAGUCAUCAGUUCAACCAAAAGAGCUACCACUUUAGAUGCUGGAAAUAUCAAGCUAGCUUUCAAUAGUCUGUUGGAAAAGGCAGAGGCUCGUGAACGUGAGAGAGAGAAAGAAGAAGCCCGCAAAAUGAAACGGAAAGAGUCUGCUUUUAAGAGUAUGCUAAAACAAGCAACCCCUCCAAUUGAAAUGGAUGCAGUGUGGGAAGAUAUUCGGGAAAGGUUUGUGAAAGAACCAGCAUUUGAAGACAUCACUCUAGAAUCAGAAAGAAAAAGAAUAUUUAAAGAUUUCAUUUAUUUACUAGAGCAUGAGUGUCAACACCAUCAUUCAAAGAACAAGAAGCAUUCUAAAAAAUCAAAAAAACAUCACAGAAAAAGGUCUCGCUCUCGUUCGGGUUCAGAAUCUGAGGAUGAUGACAGUCAUUCAAAGAAAAAGAGGCAACGCUCAGACUCUCGAUCAGUCUCCGAACGCUCCUCCAGUGCGGAAUCUGAGAGAAGCUACAAGAAAUCAAAGAAACACAAAAAGAAGAACAAAAAGAGGAGACACAAGUCUGAUUCUCCAGAAUCGGAUGUGGAUCGAGAAAAAGACAAAAAGGAGAGAGAAAAUGAAAAGGAAAGAAGUAGGCAAAGAUCUGAAUCUAAGCAUAAAUCACCUCCUAAAAAGCGACCUGGCAAAGAUUCUGGUAAUUGGGAUACCUCUGGUAGUGAAUUAAGUGAAGGUGAACUAGAAAAACAAAGGAGGACCCUCUUGGAACAACUGGACGAAGAUCAAUAAAAAGUAUUUAUACCAAAUAUGUUUACAAUGUGAUUUAAUAAUAUAGAUGAUUCAUUUCAGGAAAUGGAUUCCAAUGUUCCACUGGGAUAGCAAUGGCUUUUCAGUUCUACUGCAUAACUAAAUAUUUCAAAUAAUAUCAUUGUGUGCCUGGCAGCAAAUUGUCAAAGACUGUGAACAUUCAGAAUUCAAACUGAAGUUCUGCUUCUAAUAAGCUAGGCAGCCUGUAUAUAUACCCCAUGCACCUUGGCAUUCUUCAAAGAGCACAUUAGGAUGAACAGAAAAUCUUUUUAUUUUUGAGCCCUUUCAAUAGCGGCUUGGAAAAGUACUUGAGCCUUUCGGGACUCUUGUGUCUAUAAAUCAGCUCUUGCUAUGAAAGCCUAAACUUGUUUUUCUUGUCAAAUAAGGUCUGGGGGUGGGUAAGGGGUACACAUGUUCUGUUCAGAAAGAUGCUCCUAUAAUUUUCUUGGGCUCCACUUCUGUUGGGUUUUUUUUUAAUUACUUUUUUAUUUUGCAAGUGGAGGGAAAGGAAUGGAAGAGAGGGGAAAAUAUUUUUUCUUCAUUUAUGGUAGUCCAGAAUCCAUUAUUGGGUUUUUGUGUAUUACCUUGCUGGCCAAAAUGAUGUUUUAGGUGGUUUCUAUUGAAUUUUGACUUUAGGUUGAAAUGUAUAUCGAGUUUCACCCUGAAGUGAAUUUUUAGUGUCAAGUUUUAAAACUGUGAAAAAUAGAUUAAUUGAUGGAAAUCCUAAUAGGCCCUUAAUUUUCAAGGCUGUAAGGUAUGCUGAUGUAAUAACAUAGCUGCCAUUUUUUAUUAGAGAAGAACCUGGUAUAUGCACAAAGAAAAAAACCAAAUUGGCAAAGGAUAUUAUUUCAGCAUUAAUCUUAAUGUUACAGAAAAUAGCAAAAUCAGACUAAAUUGAUGCAAUAUGUUGCCUUAAGGACUUCCGAAGAAUGUACCACCAAGUUUUGGAAAGCAGUUGCAAUACUCUUGUCUAGAAAAUCAAUGUUAACGUAAUACUUUUCUUUUGAAAGAUGUUGACCUAAUGUUGAAAACCUGGUCUCCUUUUAUUCUGUUCUUUUUCCUUUGUACUGAAUAGAUUCUGACCAGCCUUUGAUUAAAACUAUCUGCCCUAUACAUUGAGGAGUAUUGACUACUGUGGUACAGACUCUAAAAUCUUUCUGAUUUGAAUAUUUUUGUACAUUUUUAUCACUUAUUAAACCUCGUCUUCUAGCGUGCA